CGGAAGUUGAUUCCUCGGUGUUGAGCGCGAACUGGAGAAAAAUGAACCCUUUAACUAAAGUGAAGUUGAUCAACGAGCUAAAUGAGCGAGAAGUACAGCUUGGGGUGGCCGAAAAGGUGUCCUGGCACUCUGAGUACAAGGACAGCGCUUGGAUCUUCCUGGGAGGACUUCCUUAUGAACUGACUGAAGGGGACGUUAUCUGUGUGUUCUCACAAUAUGGCGAGGUUGUUAAUAUUAAUCUGGUGCGAGAUAAGAAAACUGGGAAAUCCAAAGGAUUUGGUUUCCUUUGCUAUGAAGACCAGAGGAGCACAAUUCUGGCUGUUGACAAUUUUAAUGGGAUCAAGAUCAAAGGCAGAACUAUCCGAGUGGAUCAUGUGUCUAACUAUCGGGCUCCUAAGGACUCAGAAGAAAUGGAUGAGGUGACCAGACAGCUCCAGGAAAAGGGUUGUGGGAUUCCCACCCUCAUACAAAGUUCAUCUGAGAACUCUGAAGAUGACAAGCCCAUAAAAAAACACAAAAAAGACAAAAAGGAAAAAAAGAAAAAGAAGAAAAACAAAGAGAAGACUGAACAUGAGGUCCACGCAGAGCAGCCAGCCUCUUCAUUACAAAACAAGAGAAAAACUGAAAAGGAUGACGCUGGCUCCAUAAAGAACAGGAGCAAGAGCUCAGAAAAGGGUCAGAAGUCAGAGUCCAGGGAGGAGCAGAAGCAGUACCCCAGCUUGCCUGAAGUCAGGACGACAAGCCAUGGUGGAGCAGAGGACCGAGAUAGGCAGCUGAAGAAGGAGAAGCCCAAGCAUGAACACAAGUCCUCAAGUAGGAGGGAAGAAAGAGAAGAUAAGAACAGGGAUAGGGACAGAGGUCGAAGCUCAGACACACAUUCCAGUCGGUAUGAUGGGCGGCACGAUGGGCGUUCUGAGGGCCGGAGUCUUAGAAGUAGGAGUAGGAGCUCAGAUAAAUCCCAUAGGUAUAAGAGGGCCUGGCACUCCCGAGAGAGGGAGCCCUCUCAUCCCAGUGACCGCAGCCAUGACCGUGACCAUCAUGAUCGUGACCGUGACCGCGACCAUGACCGCGACCAUGACCGAGACCGCCGUGACCAUGACCAUGACCGAGACCGCCGUGACCACCAUGACCGUGACUAUCACAGUCGCCACGACCGAGACCGCCACGACCGAGACCACCAUGACCAUGACCAUGACCACCACAACCGCGACCACCACAACCGUGACCGAGAUCGAGAUCGCAGGCAUCACUGAAGUUGCAGCCUCUUCAGCUGCCUGUAGAACUGGAAGUGAACUGUUUCUAAAUUGUAAGCAAGUUUAGUUGUUUUUAUUUUUUUUAUAUGUAUAGUCUUUGAGGUUGAAUUCUUUUAUUUAAUCCUGAGAGAUCAGGGUUGUUGUAAAAGCUCAGAAGUCUUAUAAUUUUUAAAAUAUAAACCAAGGUCCCUGGGAAUACAGUUGGUGCUGUCAAAGUAUGUAUCCCAAAUCUGGGUUCAUAAGAGGACCCUUGAACCUACAGACCCCAACUGGUGAUAAAAUGGACAGGAAAGGGGGACUAUCCUAGGCAAUUCUUGAAAUCUAGUCUUUGUGCUAGAGGCUUAGAACUCUUGAGUUGACCUUUCCAGUUUGAUGGUAGAACUGUAAAGUAGAAAAGUAUGACUUCAUACAUAGGCUCACAUGAAUUGGUAUAAAUGUCACGAUGAUUCUUAACAACGGUCUGCUCCCUUCCUCCAACUCCCUACCCUUUUGAUGAAAUUUUAAACAUUUUUGUUUUCUGUUUUAUUGGUUGGUAUAUGUCCCUACAUUUUCCCCUUGCAAUUUAUUUAUUUAUUUAUUUUAUUGAGGUGAAAUUCACAUAACAUAAAUCAUUUAAAGGGAACAUUCACUGUGUUACAAAACCACCACCUCCUUCUACUAAGAUAUGAUAAUAGCCUCAAAUGAAACCUUUUCCUUCUUCUCUGGGCACCAACCAGUCUGCUUUCCUUUUCUAUGGAUUUG